GUUAUUUUUUGGGAAAAAAACAUUCGAAUUUUGCCGUUUUGAUCACGAAAACUUGUUUUUUUCUGUCAUAGAUCUUCAGUAAUGUGGAAAUUGUGCAAUUUCUGUCGAAUUUGCAUAUCUUAGAGCCUCAAAGUUUUUACACAAGCGCUCACAGACCCAAUCGCCCAGCUGUCGAAACUCUGAAGAUUAAGCUUCAGCUUCCAAACAGUUGAUACGUGCAAAACAUUGUGGUCUGAGACAUUGAGGUGUAUUGGGCAUAUACGUUGUGUGGAGGCAAAUAUAGCCAGAUCAAUACGUGGGAACCCAUAUGAGCUGUCUAAGGGUUAUGAAGGAACAAAGAGGGGAUGAAGCUCCUUACGCAGAAGCAGGCACUGCCUUUAUGGAUGAUAAAGGAUCAGUGUUUUCAGAUAUUGAAUCUCCUUCAGGCACCAUAAUUGAACAACCUUCUAUUAAAAAGGCUCAUUCUUUAAAUAAUGGAAAGCCUGCUAUAUCUCCAACUUCCGGUGUACAUGAACUUCUAGAGUGUCCCGUCUGCACAAAUUCUAUGUAUCCACCAAUUCAUCAGUGUCCUAAUGGGCAUACCCUCUGCUCCAACUGUAAGUCAAGAGUAAAUAACAAAUGCCCUACUUGCAGACAGGAGCUUGGAAAUAUAAGAUGCCUAGCAUUGGAAAAGGUUGCAUCAUCUCUUGACCUACCAUGCAAGUAUCAUACUCUGGGCUGUCCAGAUAUUUUCCCAUAUUAUAAUAAGCUUAAACAUGAGGCACAAUGUACAUUUCGGCCAUACAAUUGCCCUUAUGCAGGAUCAGAAUGUUCUAUCACAGGGGAUAUACAGACACUUGUGGCGCAUCUAAGGGAUGAUCACAAAGUUGAUAUGCACAAUGGUAGCACUUUCAACCACCGUUAUGUAAAACUCAAUCCUCUUGAAGUUGAAAAUGCAACCUGGAUGUUGACAGUCUUCAAUUGCUAUUCAUCAUACUUCUGUCUUCAUUUUGAAGCAUUUCAGUUAGGUGCAGCACCAGUGUAUAUGGCAUUCCUUCGGUUUAUGGGAGAUGAUAAUGAAGCUAGAAAUUUCAGAUAUAGUCUCGAGGUUGGAGCAAAUGGCCGGAAACUAAUAUGGCAAGGAGUGCCUAGGAGUAUUCGGGACAGUCAUCGUAAAGUUCGGGACAGCCAUGAUGGGUUAAUUAUUCAAAGGAACAUGGCACUGUUCUUUUCUGGGGGUGAUUGGAAAGAGUUGAAGUUGAGAGUUACCGGACGGAUCUGGAAGGAACAGUAAGAUAUUAAUGGCUGAAAGAUAAUUAUUAUUGAGAAAAGGAAAGCUUUAUAGGCCCGAACUAGAACGGUAAGUUAUCAAAAAGUGUCACGUCAUAAAGUUCCAAUGUAGUUUGCAAGCCGAUAAGUUUGUUAUUCGUCAAUCGUCUGGACAUAUUCCCAUCAAAUUGCUUGUUGUAUAAUUUAGAAGCAGGUUUUAUCAGGCUGUUUUAGCUCAAAUGUUCUGCCAUGUCAUGAACUUAAAAGGUUAAUGCAUUCUGUGCUAUUUGUGAUAUAUCGUGACUUCGUGUAACCUGAUUUCGUUGAAUGGCUUAUUGGCUUCAAGCCUACAUUGAUGUUUCCA